AUGAUUAUCGGAUACGCUCGCACAUCAACCACCGAACAACAGGCAGGAUUCGACGCUCAGAUCAAGGAACUCGAAUCGAUCGGUUGCACCAAGAUAUUUAAGGAGCAAGUCUCAUCGCUCGCGACACGUCAAGAGCUCGAUACAGCUAUCGAGUAUGCUCGAGAGGGUGAUGUGUUUGUGGUAACCAAGCUCGACCGUCUCGCUCGCUCAAUGCGUGACCUCAUGCAGAUCAUCGAUAGACUCGCACAAAAGCAUGUCACCAUCCGUAUUCUCAACCUCGGACUUGAUACCAAAACACCCACAGGAACCCUCAUCUUAAAUGUUCUCGGAAGCAUAGCCCAGUUCGAGCGUGAGAUGAUGCUCGAACGCCAACGGGAUGGUAUAGCAAAAGCACGAUCUGACGGCAAGUAUCGGGGACGUAAGCCAAUAUCUGAGGAAAUACGUCAAUCUAUCUUACGCAUGGAUGCUGAGCACAUGAAAAAAACUGCCAUUGCUAGGGAGCUCAAUAUUGGUGAGGCAACGGUGUAUAGGGUUUUAGCUGAAGAGAAAAGGGCAAAUCUUUCCGUCACAAAAAAAUAA